AUGCCUAUCUGCAUCGAAUGUUCCUAUCCCGUGUCGCAUCUGUAUAGUACUUACUCUCGUGCCGACGACCGGUCUCUCGGCAAAGGGGUGCGUCUGACGCAAUGUCCGCGCUGCCAGCGAUUCGCCGACAAAUAUGUCGAGCAUGAUUUCGUCGUGCUAUUCAUCGAUCUAGUUCUGAUCAAACCCCAGGUGUACCGACAUCUGCUCUUCAACCGAUUAGGAGGCAACAAUGACCAAUUUGAUCGCUCUAUCAUCCGCCUCGGAAUCCUCCUCUUGCUUUUUGACGUCUAUCUCACCUGGGCGCGGAUUGAGAAUUCCCCCUCCCUGGCUGCAACCUGGCUAGCUCGCACCCCAAUUAUCGUGCAGUACCUUUUCUUCCUGAGUUUGAACGCCAUUGCGACUCUCGCGCACCAUCUCACAGUUCGACUGCUCGCUUCGGUGCUCGCACCUUCACCACAGGGCAACAAUGCCAACACAACCGCGGCGGAGGCGUCUCUCCCGUCGAAUCCUUCUACGCCUAUAUUCCCGUCCUUUUCGUCCUCGCAAUCGGUCACUCCCUCGGGGCAGCAGUCGCCCACUGCUACGAUGCCAUUGAGCCCACCGCAUCUCACCCCUCAAGGAUCCUUCCAAGAUAUUACACUCUCCGCUUCUGCAGCAGCAACUGGAGCCUCGACCUCGGCCAGUGGCUCCUGCAACGACCAACACCACCCACACCCACCACCAACCCCACAGGGCUCAUUCCCGUUCCCCCCUCCCCCUCUACGCCGUGCAUCCACCGCGCCAGUGCAAACCAUCCGGCCUCUCCCUCCCCCGUCACCCGCCAGCCCAACAGCCAUCAGCACGGCGCUACUAGUCAGCAGCUGCGCGAAACUCUUCCCCAUCCUUCUCGUCAUCUGGGGCCCUGACGGAAGCGGCGGCACGUCCGAAUCGGCGGACCCAGGCAAUACAGGCACCGCUGGCGGGGCGGCGCAUUCGACGCUCACCCAGCGGAUGCUGAGCAGAUAUACCCCGACUGCUACCGCCGCUUCGCCCGGGGCGACCGGCUUCGUCUCGUCAGUCUCUUCUUCCCUACUGGGGAGCGUGGUCUCUGUGCUUUCGCGGCUGAUGCCUGCAUCUGUGCCGACGAGUUUUCUGGCGAACUUGGUCGAAUCGGCGGGAACCCUGUUCUCGCUCGGGGCGGCGGAUACGCACUUGGUGCUGCUGAGCAAUAUCGAGGCGCUGUAUAUCUUGUUGGGCUGUGGGUAUCUGCGUGCGGUGGCACUGGCGGUUGCAGGCCUGCUUGCCCGGUGGACGGUGCAGCGAGUGAUUCUGGGAGCGGUAGGCAUCGGCUAA